AACCCACUCGAGAGAUUCAUUUCACUUUGAACAAGCGUAGUGCAAAGAUCAUCACUUUCUUCCUUCCUCACGAAAGAAAAAUUCAACCAAAGUAGUCACGAUCACGACCGGCACGCUGUUGCUAAAUGUAACGUGUGCUACUCCUAGUUAGAACAGAUUUUUCUUAAGGAGAGGAAGUGACACCACCAAGUGAAGGAGGAGCCUAAAAUAAGUGGAAAAUUAAUGUUUAAUUUCGAAAUCAGAAAAAAUUCGGUGUGAAAGUGAACAAGUGCUAACUUUUCAAAUUUUUGCAAAUUACAAUAAUCAGGAGCGAGUGGUUUGAACCAAACUUGUGCAAUAAUACAACAAAGAUAAAUUAUGGCAUUAUUAAGGACACUAUCGCUAUACCUGCUUCUCGUAUCGGCAUCAUUUUCACUAGCAGUUCCAGCCGCUACCCCAAAGUACGCUAACAACAACCAUGCGCAAUUUGUUCACGAGAAAGAAGAACCAAAACCAGAUUCAAGUCCAAAUGACGACAACGAUGACUUUCAUCUUACCAACGAUUACAAACCAGAUCCGCCACCGUUUGCAUCAUGGAACCCUUACUCAAUGAAUGAAAAUAAUCCAGCAGCUGCUGCUGCACGUUACAUGGGAUUCUACGGGUAUCCAAACCCAAUAAUCAUUCCAUAUCCUGUCUUUGUAUCACAAGAUCCAUACUAUCCAUAUCAAGAUUUCGAUGAUUAUGAGGAUAUGAUGUCUAGAGCCAGUACAAGGCGCGGUUCCAACUACAGGAACUCUCCUAUUUAUUAUCUACGUCUCCCACCAACUCCUUACAUGUUUAUUCCUGGUCUCGGCUACCACUCACAGCCACCAACCUUCACUCCAAGCUUUUCACCCCUAUUGCCUUAUAAUCCUAUCCAAGCUCUUCCUGUGCCGCCGGCAAUCAACCCCUUCAUAAAUCUACCAGUACCUUUCAUUUCCAACGGUAAACCUACAGGCAUUUAUCAAUUGGAUUCCAAUCCUCAACCUCAACAAUAUCAACCAUUUGCUCCACCCCCACCACCAAUCCCGUCGAGACCAUAUCGACCACCAACCUUUACUCCACCCCCUCCACAAAGCUAUGUUCCCUUCGACUCCAAGAUUUCUCAGUUGAAACGCCCUUACUUGUUUAACGGUCGCCCGGAACAAAUCUAUUUACUGCAGAGUGGCUUCAAUCCUAUGUACCAAAGCCCUAUUCCGGGAUAUUAUUAAUUAUAACUGUAACGCAGCCGUGAACCACCAACUGGUUUCUUGUAGACUUUAAAGUUCAUCUUGACGUUUAAUUACUUUCGCUGUCCCUAUUUCGUUUGCAAUGAUGCAACUGCACUUCAUGCAAAAGAACUGGGAGAGUUUUACUGUAAUUAGGGGAUGAACGUGCAAGGAAACUCUGCAAGAAACCAGCAUUUAAUUUAAUUUACAUAUAUAAGUAGCAAGAAUAAGAAAAUAAUUACACUUUCUUUGGAUUCCCUUCAUACUUUCAAAAAUUGGUGUUGGCACUAUAAGUGAGAUUUGCUGAGUUGUUCAGCGAUAAAAAUUGCAAUCUGUGAUUGACUUUUAUAAUUUUUAGGGCCGCCAAAAACUGAAAAAAUUACUUUAAAUUAAAACUAAGAAUAAAGAAUAAUAAUACUUUCGUAA